AUGGGCUCCGACCCCCAUGCCGACUCUGGCGAGUCGUCUUCUGAGGAGGAAAUCCUCCCCAAUGACGCCAAGGGAGAUCACUCUUCCUGCAACCUCUCCAGCUAUAAAAAAAGGGGCAAUCAUGAGAUGAAAGAUCUCGCCCGACCCUGUCUGCACAACCCCAAAGAGCAGUGCUUCUGUUCGAGCCACAGGGGCUGUAUGCCAAAGACCCAGUUCACAGAUACUGAGGGCGCUAUCUCCCGAAAGACCUGCAUCAAGUGCAGGUUUCGAAGCGCGAACAGGGCGAAGAAGACCCCCGAGGAGCGGGCCAAGGCCAAGGCACUCGCCAACAUCCGCAAGGCUCCGGGAAUAUCGAACAAGAAGAGCACCAAGGGAACCAUCACCGGCAGAGUUAUGAAGACGCCUACCAAGAAGAACCGCUCCGGCCAGAAGAGCAUCGAGAAGAGUGAGCUCUUUGUCUCAUCCGAGUCCGAGUCCGAGUCUGAAGAGGAGGACAUGGCCGACGACCACCCGAAGAGCCCUGGCUACCGCCAGACACCUGAUGAUGAGGAUGAUGCCCCUGGUGAAGAUGGAUCUAUGGGUGGAGGCAUUCCGGGAACCAUCAUUGUUGCUUGA